AUGGCCUCACUUGCUGCUGCAUGUCGUGUGUCGGCGCGGUUGGCCGCCCGCAAGCUGCAGCACGAUGCUGCCGUUAGAGGUUUCCGGUCUUCGGCCGCCGCCCUGGCCGCUCAAAAUUUCAUGAUGCCCGCUCUCUCGCCCACAAUGACCGAGGGCAACAUUGCCUCGUGGCGUGUCAAGGAGGGCGAGCGCUUCUCUGCCGGCGAUGUGCUGCUCGAGAUCGAGACCGACAAGGCUACCAUGGACGUCGAGGCUCAAGAAGAUGGCAUCCUGAUGAAGAUUAUCCAGCCCGACGGCAGCAAGGGUGUACAGGUAGGCACUCGGAUUGCCGUUGUUGCUGAGGAGGGUGAUGAUAUCACCAAGCUUGAAAUCCCCCCGGACGAGGGUCCGCAACAAUUGAAGGCCGCUGCCCCGGCCCCGGCCCCUACCCCGGCACCAGCACCGGCCUCUCCCCAACCUCAGUUCGCAGCUCCCACUCCUUCCCCUCCGAAGGCCUCCACCAAAGUUCCAGCGCGGAAAUACCCCCUUCUUCCUUCUGUACACCAGCUCAUCAAGGAGAACGGCCUGGAUGAGUCUGCCGUCAGUAACAUCACGCCUACCGGCCCUGGCGGUCGCAUCCUGAAGGGCGACGUACUCGCCUACCUGGGCAAAAUCAACCCGAACACACCAGCCCAGAUCUCGGCCCGCUUCGAGAAGGCUUCUCACCUCGAUUUGAGCAACGUCAAGGUCGCCAAGCCUGUCGAGCCAGAAAAGCCCCAAGAAGAGAAGGCCUCAGCGCCGGCCCCUGCCCCACGCGCUCCCGAGCCCCCCGCCAAGGCUGUUGUCUCACUCCCCAUCUCCCUCUCCGCAGUCCUGGAGGCCCAACAGAGAAUCAACAAAAAACUGGGCAUCUUCCUGCCGUUGUCUACCUUCAUCUCCCGCGCCACAGAGCUCGCAAACGAAGAGCUGCCCCUGCCGACCAACUACCAGCCCACAGCCGACGAGCUGUUCGACCAGGUGCUUGGCCUAGACAAGGUGCCUGGAUAUGUCAGCGCUGCUAAGCAGCGGGCGACUCGGGGGAACUACGUGCCGGAUAUCAAGGCCCCUAUCCCCCCGAAGGCGGCUCCUAAGCCGAAGCAGAAGAAGAUCGAUAUUAUCGACAUUCUUGCUGCUGCGCCCAAAGCCAAGUCUGUUAAGCCGGCUGGCCCUAGUUUAGUGCCUGGUGCGGUUACGGAGGGUCUGAACGUGUUCAGCCUGCAAGUGCCUAAGACCGAGGAGAGGAGGGCAAAGGUCUUCCUCGAGAGGGUCAAGCACGUGCUAGAGAAUGAACCAGGGAGGUUGGUGCUUUAA